AUGGCUACUAACUAUGGUAAUAGACUGUAUGGAGUUGUUAUGAAGGUGCAGCCGUUUAUGGAUCCUUUUCCUGAUAUCCCUUUCUUCUCGUUCGGUUUUCCGUCGUUCCGUGAAUUGGCUGGUGUUGACGAUUCUGCUGUUCUUGGUAAGGGUAAUCAGUAUAGUAAUGAAUGCAGUGGGUAUGUCGUAAACUUGUCAACAAGUAUCGAUCUACCUAGUAAAUCAACGACUCCUAGCCGAUCUGAUAUGCGUAUUUUGAAGUUGGGUGAUUAUAGCGAUGAGAUAGCAACCCAGUGGACGAAGAUUCUCGAUCGACGUACAGCGCUACCAUCCACUACGUUGCUGCUAGCUCUAAUCCUUCGCUUUAUUCUAGCCUUUGUCAUUACGGCGGAAGAUAUCACAGCGCUCACCAUCGACCAAUGCAGGGGUUGCCAGAAGGUACUGCGUCAGAAGAUAACCGGAUGCUGCACCCGUAUCCGGAAGGUUAUAACCAACAAGCUUUCACGCCGUGAAGCCACUCGCCUCCUGGAUGACGCUCGAACUCUCCUUGGUGAUUCAGGCCCGAUCAAUGACCGUUUAUUGGAGCUGUUGGAGGAGGCUGAGGGGGAGCAACAACAAGAAUCAUUCCUGCGUUACGGAGGAGAUGUUGACGCAGUGGCGGACGAGGUGGAUGCGUACCUCUCUAGCCGAGAAGGGGAUAUAUCUUCCGUCCCUGGAUGGGAUCCUGCAGAUCCGGAGGUACUCGCCACCCGACAACGAGCCCAAGACGCCGCGAAAGUUUACGAGGAGGCAUCCAAGGCAGCCGAAGCAGCAUUGAAGGAGAUGGAGGCAGCCAAGCAGUCCGUUCAGGACCUAGGGGGUGAGAAGGCCUUGAAUGACGAUCGAGAGGACGAUUUUCGGUCGAUUAUCUCCGUACCCCCGUACAGACCGGUAGCACGAGUUCACGCGCCGGAUGAGUGGAUCGACGACCAUCGCAGUGGAAGAGAGAAGCCGUUCGUUUAUUCCGGUGAUCAUCGCCACACAUCAGUACGAGUAGACUUGGAGGUUUACUCCGGUCGCGCUUUGGAUUGGUUUGAGUGGAUCGACCUUUUUCACUCACUCGUACACCAGACCGGCAAGGCGCCUGGAGAGAAGCUGGCGAUUUUGAAGAGGAACGUACGGGGAGAGACGGCCGAUUUAGUUUACGGAUUAGGUGGAGGUGCGCUGGCCUACAAGGAAUUCAUCCGACGUUUGAAGGGGACAUGUGGCAGCCGUGCAGUUAUCCGUGCAGCACACCUACAGGCCCUGGAUCGAGUCGAGCCACCGACGCCUGCUACAUUCCGUAGAUUUGCUGAAAAGAAACUUCAGCCCCACGAUCAGUUACACUGGAAUGACGGCCAGCGUGGAGGAUUGGAGCGUCGCACCAUGAACGAGUUUGGCCUCUGGUUAUGUACGCGAGCGGCUGCGUACCAGAAUGCCUAUUCCAUUGCCGCCGAGGAGCACCAGAGGAGCAACAAUCCAGCGCGGCCACCCCAGGCGGUAAACAACCCGUAUCAUCAGAAAAGACAUUCAUGGGCCCAUCAGGCCUCCACCAAUCAAAGGGCCGGACCGGCUCGAGGGGCUCCUGCCCCUACCCCUCGUGAAGGAACGACACCAGCACCCAAAACUUCGUAUUGUUUUAAAUGUGAGGGUGAGCAUCGGUUGGCUGAUUGCCAAUUCUUCAAGAAUAUGCCCGUAGCUGGACGAAUGACGUUCCUAAUGGUGCGCGGCCUGUACAACUGUUGCUUCGGCGUGCGACAUGGAGCUAGCAACUGUAGCUUCAAGAAAGAAUGCGGCAAGGAUGGAUGUAAGGCGUUCCACCACCCUCUGAUCCACACUGACCGGGGACUUCCGGAGAGAACGGGCACCUUACAUUCUGCCAGAGCAACGUCCGGUACCAUCGCCUUUGGGGUGAUCCGCCUCGACGCCAUGAAUGCUGACAGGGAGCUGGUGCCCAUUAAUGUCAUGUUGGACGCCGGGAGCAACACAACUUUCAUCCGCGAGGGAUUGGUUCGUUCGCUCCGGAUUUCGGGCGAGCGACAGACACUUCGAGUCCAGGGAGUAGCUGACGCGGCUUCAACGCACCCGAAUUCAGAGGAAUUGUUCCUUCAGCUGAUGACGGCCUGCAGUGACAUGGUGACCCUUAGGGGCUCGACCCUGAAGACCGUGACACAGCCAGUUCCCGUGUACAAUUGGGAGCAGCUUCGCCACCGUUGGACCAACCUUAACGACUUGCCGCCGCUACGCAGCUCUGGCGGAAGAAUCGACGUCCUGAUUGGUUUAAACCAUACAACUCUUAUCACACCGACAGAUUAUCGACUCGGAGCCGACGACGAGCCAGCGGCUAUCAAGACAAGGCUAGGAUGGACCAUCCUUGGUGUGUUGGGAUCAGGAUCGACGACGGAGGCCCUCUGCCACCGUGCCUUUGCCUCUCCAGAUGUUCACAUCGCAGCGGAGUUGGUGGAACAACUACGACGGUUCUGCGACACCGAAUCAUUCGGCACCGAGUACCAGGGCGCGGGAAUGUCCACAGACGAUCGACGGGCAGUCGAUAAGUUGGAUGCUGAAACCAAGAAGCUGGAUGUGGGUUACCAGGCCCCAAUUCUCUGGAAGGAUGAAGAGCCUCCAUUGUUGCCCGACAACCGGAGUGUAGCUGAUUCUCGGCUUCGUCCGCUUCUGAACAAAUUGGCAAGAGAUCCAGCCUAUGAGACACACUAUCGAGAGUCGAUGGCGAAGAACUUUGCGGAAGGUUACGCAAGGCGGCUGUCUGCCACAGAGGUCGAGGAGCGGCCAACUCGAUAUUGGCUACCCCAUUUUGCAGUGCCCAAGGUUGCUGGGCGCCCUGAGCUGCGGUUGGUUUUCGACGCAGCUGCUAAGUACCGAGGGAGGAGCCUUAACGACUACGUCACACUUGGCCCAGCACUUCAAAAUCCGCUCCCAGCUGUCAUUCUACACUUCCGGGAGGUAGAGGUGGCGUGGUCGGCAGACAGAGGUGCCAUGUUCAGCCGCAUUCGGCUGGACGACAUGGAUCGUCGCUAUCUUCGAUUCCUCUGGCCGGAAGGAGAUGGAACGGUGACAACGUGUGAGAUGACACGGGUAACAUUCGGUGUGUCAUGUUCGCCCUAUACGGCUAUCCGGACGACCUGGAGAGCAGCAGACGACGCAGCCGUGGACCAAGGUGAGGCGGCCACCGCCAUCCGGAAAUACCUGUACGUUGACGAUUACCUGGAUUCCAGCAAGACCACUGACGAGGCGCUGCGCCGGGCGACAGCAGUCAACAAGGCUUUGAGCAGUGGUGACUUCCACCUGACCCAUUGGGUGACCAACGAUGCACGACUGAUGGAGCAGCUCUCUCUUCCAGAUCCAAAGGAGAGUAGUGUCAACACAGCGAACCUCGGCGCUGACGAUGCCGAGAGGAGAUCAACCCGCGCCGGCCUCCUUUCAAAGGUGGCUGGAUUAUUUGAUCCCCUCGGCGCCGCUGCCCCAAUGACCGUGAAGGCCAAGAUACGACUACGCCACCUUGGGGUGAAAGGCUUGAGAUGGGAAGAUGCAGUGACUGGACUAGACCGUGAAUGGUGGGAGAACUAUUUCGACACAAUUGAGCAGCUAAGGACGGUGGAGUUUUCCCGCUGCCUUUUUCCGGAUGAAGACCAGAUCGUCCGGACCGAGCUGGAUACGUUCGUAGACGCCUCUGAGGAGGCCUGUGCCGCUGUAUGUUUUAUCCGCAAUGUCUACGGUGACCAACGAGUGAUCGUGCGUUUCAUCAAGGCAGUUACCAAGUUAGCUCCGUUAAAAACAGUGUCCGUGUGCAAGUUGGAACUGAACGCUGGUCUUCUUGGAGCGCGUUUGGCCCGUUUCGUGGAAUCUUCAUUGACCCGGAAGAUAGCAGCGCGUCGUUUUUGGACCGAUAGCAGUACUGUGCGCAAUUGGGUUCGGGCGUUGUCCGGUGACUACCAGAUUUAUGUGAGCAACCGUAUUGGCGAGAUCCAGACCCUAACGGAUCCUUCGGAGUGGCGUUUCGUUUCAGGAGUGCUAAACCCAGCAGAUGCUGCGACCCGCUCUCAACUGGGUGACCGGGCAAUCCCAGCGUGGUGGUUGGACGGACCACCCUUCUUGUAUCAAGAGGAGACGGCCUGGCCACAAGACCUCCCCUGGACCUUGGAGAAGGCGGAGAUUCGUGGGGCCCGCGCCCAUUUGAGUGAUGUUGUGGCAGAGACAAUAGUGCCAUUUGACUGGAAGACGGUGAAGAUAGCUGCCGGCGACGUGCCCACUCUCAUUAGGUUAGAGAAUGACUAUCUCGAUCUUGUCCGACGGUGCCAGCGGGAGACCUAUCCUGAGGAGAUUAGCAGACUUGAACGUGGAAAGGCGAUCCGUCCUACAUCAACCUUGCAGCCCUUGACCCCCUUUUUGGAUGCUGAGAGGGUGUUGCGGCUGGGAGGGCGUCUCAGUCGAACGAAUUUACCGUACGAGGUCCUCCACCCACCGAUCCUGAGUGGCCGACAUCUGUUAGCGCGAGCAAUCAUCCGAACCUUUCACGAGCAGCUUCAUCAUUCCGGAACUGACAUGGUGCUUGCCCAGGUGCGACAACAUUUCUGGAUCACAGCAGGAAGAGAGGCGGUCAAGAGAGCUCGCAGCGAGUGUCUGGCGUGUCGGCGUUUCCGACCCAAAGCAGCAUUACAGAUGAUGGCGGACGUUCAUAAGGCCCGUCUAGGUGCGCACCAGCCUCCGUUCACCUAUACCUUCGUGUCGACUAUUUUGGCCCUAUUGACAUCGCCUACCACAGAGGGACGGCCAAGCGAUGGGGCACCCUGUUCUCGUGCCUAG